CUCGCGAUACUGACUAGGUUCAAGCCGAGGACCAGGCAGCUCAAACAUGGCGGACGAGCUUGGACAUAAGUGGGAUCGCUGCCUCGCCAACAGCGCUGUUAAACUGGUAACUGGCAUUGGUGUUGGUGCUGUGGUCUCCUUGCUGUUCUUGAAACGACGCUCCUGGCCAGUAGCGUUUGGAGCAGGUUUUGGGGUGGGCAUGGCUUACUCCAACUGCCAACAUGACUUCAGAUCCCCCUACCUUCUACAUGGACACAUGGAAAAGGAUCAGUAGAAGAGCUUUGUCCCUUGUUCUCCUGAAUGGGUUUGAGCUCGCUGUUUCUGCCUUUCUUCCACAGUCUGGUCUCCCCGUCUGCAGGUUCUGUCUGAGAAGUGUGCGUGAGGAUCUUUAAUAAAAACGAAAACAGUUUAACAGGAAA